UGGCGCUGGAACCAGGAAGGCGCUGAGCUUAAACUGAAGCGAGUACGGAGUACGCCGGUGGCACCCUGACCUGUAGAAAUCCGCCUGCUCCGCGGCCCUAGCACGUCUACCCUACGUACGAAUCCGAAGGAGGGCACCCAGCUUAUAGAAAUGGGACGACGGUCAUCAGACACUGAAGAAGAAAGCAGAAGCAAGAGAAAAAAGAAACACCGAAGACGGUCAUCUUCAAGCAGUUCUUCUGAUAGUAGAACGUACAGCCGAAAGAAAAGUGGGAGAAAGUCCAGGUCAAAGUCUAGGUCUUGGUCCAGAGAUCUUCAGUCUCGUUCACAUUCUUAUGAUAGAAGACGCAGGCACCGGUCAAGCAGCAGCUCAUCUUAUGGCUCUAGAAGAAAACGAAGUCGAAGUCGUUCACGAGGUCGGGGCAAAUCCUACAGACUUCAAAGGUCUAGGUCAAAAAGCAGAACAAGAAGGUCCAGGUCAAGACCUCGUCCGCGUUCCCACAGUCGAAGCAGUGAACGGUCCAGCCAUAGAAGGACUCGAAGUCGAUCCCGGGACAGAGACCGUCGUAAAGGCAGAGACAAAGAGAAGAGAGAAAAGGAGAAGGAAAAAGCCAAGGACAAGGAAUUGCACAACAUCAAACGUGGGGAAUCUGGAAACAUCAAAGCUGGAUUAGAACAUCUGCCACCAGCAGAGCAAGCCAAAGCCAGGUUACAACUGGUCCUUGAAGCUGCUGCCAAAGCUGAUGAAGCACUGAAAGCCAAAGAGAGAAAUGAGGAAGAAGCAAAGAGAAGGAAGGAGGAAGACCAAGCCACCCUGGUGGAGCAGGUGAAGAGAGUGAAGGAAAUCGAAGCUAUUGAGAGUGAGUCCUUCGUUCAGCAAACGUUCCGGUCAAGUAAAGAAGUCCGGAAGGCCGUGGAGCCCAGUGAGGUGAAGCAGGCAGCUCCAGCUGCAGGCCCAGCGGCCACGGCUACCGAGCUGCCCAGUGUCGGGAAGGAGCUGGACCCCAGCAGCAUCCCCACCGCUAUCAAGUACCAGGACGACAACUCUCUGGCUCAUCCGAAUUUGUUUAUUGAGAAAGCUGAAGCUGAGGAAAAGUGGUUCAAAAGAUUGAUUGCCCUUCGACAAGAAAGACUAAUGGGAAGUCCUGUAGCCUAAAAACAAAUGUGGUUAACAGUGACAUUGCUUAUGUUGAAGUGACAUUGCUUAUGGUUAACAGUGACAUUGCUUAUGGUUAAAUGGCAUUGGGUUUUUAAAUCCCAGUACAACUUUUGCACAUAAAAAGAACUUAGAUGAAAAUAUGAAAAGGUGACUUCAUGUCCUUCUUCCCUCAUGUAGGUAUGAAUAUUUGUUGAUUUGAACAGAGUCAAAUCUAACAAAACUAGUAUGAAAUUUAAGAGUACGUGCAGAUGUUAUACUGCUAACAGUGCUCAUCAUAAAAAGUUCAGUGUUAAUAAAUGGUACUCAGUAGUGUUUCCCUGUACUAUUGGAAAACGCCAAGCUUUUGACUCCUUAUUGAUUAACUGUGCACAUAAAAGAAUCAAAUUAUUUUCUGCCCAUCUGAGAUUUCAUCUCCCAUGUGCUGUGAAAAUGCUUUUGAGUCCUUUCUCUCAGCUGUUUGAAAAUGUUUCAACACAAUAAAAGCACUGUAUCAGCCAAAUGAGCAUGUUAAAGGAGUAACAUGUUUGUUGCUAAAAAUCUUUAGAAUUAAAUAAAUGCAGUUUUCACCUAGA